AUGGACCACCAAGAAUGUCAAAAUUCUUCCAUACUUACAUUCCUGAAGGCGUUGUGCAAGCAGUUCAGAGAGAUUGACUUCAAGCAUAUUCCUCGAAUCCAAAAUGAGUUUGCUGAUGCCCUUGCGACAUUUUCAUCAAUGAUCCAACAUCCGAACAAGAAUUACAUCGAUCCUAUCAAGGUAGAAAUACACGACCAACAAGCAUAUUGUUUUCAUGUCGAUGAGGAAUUGGAUGGCCAGCCAUGGUACUACGACAUCAAGAAGUUGCUCAAGACGAGAGAAUAUCCGGAAAAUGCUACUAACAAACAGAAGUGGACCUUGAGGAGAAUGGCAAAUCACUUCUUCCUUAACGGAGAAAUCCUUUAUAGGAGAACUUCAGAUCUGGGAUUGCUAAGAUGUGUGGAUGCCACAGAGGUGACAAGGUUGUUAGAAGAAGUACACGCAGGAACAUGUGGACCCCAUAUGAACGGAUUCACUUUGGCAAAGAAGAUUCUGCAAGCGGGAUACUUUUGGAUGACUAUGGUAAGAGACAGCAUUCGCUAUGUACAAAAGUUCCAUCAAUGUCAGGUUCACGGAGAUUUCAUUCGAGUUUCCCCCAAAUGA